CCGGAAGCGGUGCGGCCUGGGCCUGGCGCGGGGGGCGGGCACCGGGGCCCGGGCCGACAUGGGCAAGAAGCACAAGAAGCACAAGUCAGACAAGCACCUCUAUGAGGAGUAUGUGGAAAAACCUUUGAAGUUAGUACUGAAAGUAGGAGGAAACGAAGUCACAGAGCUCUCCACAGGCAGCUCAGGACAUGAUUCAAGCCUCUUUGAUGACAAAACGGAUCAUGAGAAACAUAAAGACAGAAAGAGAAAAAAGAGAAAGAAAGGAGAAAAGCAGGUCCCAGGGGAAGAAAAGGAAAAGAAACGAAGAAGAGUAAAGGAAGAUCGAAAAAGACGAGAUCGGGAUCGGGCUGAGAGUGAGGCAGAAAAAGAACUUCAAUGUCAAACUCCUAUAAGACUAGAAUUGCCCCCUGAGAAGCCUCUGACAAGUACAUUAUCUAAGCAAGAAGAAGUAGAACAAACACCCCUUCAAGAGGCUUUGAAUCAACUGAUGAGACAAUUACAAAGAAAGGACCCAAGUGCUUUCUUUUCAUUUCCUGUGACUGAUUUUAUUGCUCCUGGCUACUCUAUGAUCAUUAAACACCCAAUGGAUUUUAGUACUAUGAAAGAAAAGAUCAAGAACAAUGACUACCAAUCCAUAGAAGAAUUGAAGGAUAAUUUCAAACUGAUGUGUAGCAAUGCCAUGAUUUACAAUAAACCGGAAACCAUUUAUUACAAAGCUGCAAAGAAGCUGUUGCACUCAGGAAUGAAAAUUCUUAGCCAGGAAAGAAUUCAGAGCCUGAAACAGAGUAUAGACUUCAUGGCUGACUUACAGAAGACCCGGAAGCAGAAAGACAAAAUGGAAAUACAGCAGAGCGGGGAAGACAAUGGCUAUCUGCUAAAAGAUAAAGAUGAUUCUUUGGACAAUGAUAUUAAAGUUUUCAAAAGUCCAAAUAAGGAAAAUAAAAAGAAAGACAAAGAUAUGCUGGAAGAUAAACUUAAAAGCAAUAACUUAGAAAGGGAACAAGAACAAAUCGACCGCAUUGUUAAAGAAUCUGGAGGAAAGUUGACCAGACGGCUUAUAAAUAGUCAGUGUGAGUUUGAAAGAAGAAAGCCAGAUGGAACCACAACAUUAGGACUUCUUAAUCCUGUGGACCCUAUUGUAGGAGAACCUGGCUACUGCCCUGUAAGAUUGGGAAUGACGACAGGAAGACUUCAGUCUGGAGUUAAUACACUGCAGGGGUUCAAAGAGGACAAAAGAAAUAAAGUUACUCCAGUGUUAUACUUGAAUUAUGGACCCUACAGUUCUUAUGCGCCAAACUACGAUUCCACAUUUGCAAAUAUCAGCAAGGAUGAUUCUGAUUUAAUCUACACAACUUAUGGGGAAGAUUCUAAUCUUCCAGGUGGUUUCAGGGAUGAGGUGGCAGAACUGACUGAGAAGGAGGAAAGUAUUCAUGAGUUUUUGGCCACAUCACAAGAUUAUCCAUAUGUUAUGGCAGAUAGUUUACUGGAUGUUCUGACAAAAGGAGGACAUUCUCGAUCCCUCAGAGAGCUGGAAACGCCAGUGCCUGAAGGUGAAACCCAGAAUGGUAGUCUUGACAGUGCAAAAGACAUGGAGGUUACAGAAACAGACUCAUCUGGCUCUUUGGACUGUAGUACUAAUAAGGACAGACUUACAGCACUAAAGGCAGUCACAAACUUUGGAGCCCAGAUUGAGAUUUUUGACUCAGAAGAAGCUGAAGUGUUCCAGAGGAAACUUGAUGAAACCACCAAAUUACUCAGAGAACUUCAGGAGGCUCAGAAUGAACGUCUAAGUACCAGACCUCCUCCUAAUAUGAUUUGUCUUUUGGGACCAUCUUACAGAGAGAUGUAUUUGGCCGAACAAGUAACCAAUAAUCUAAAAGAACUUGCACAGCAAGUAACCCCAGGUGACAUAGUGAGCAUGUAUGGAAUCCGGAAAGCAAUGGGAAUUUCAAUUCCUUCUCCUGUCAUAGAAAACAGCUUCAUAGAUUUAACAGAAGAUCUUGAAGAACCAAAAAAAGUCAGCACCACUGAAUGUGGAUCUGAUGGAAUUUGAAGUUGUAACAGUGGCAUAUGAUUAUAUAUAGUGUAUAUAUUUUUUUUCAUUCUUAACUUGGAAAUUUUUCAGGGCAUGUUAAAUAUUUGUAAAUUGUGUUUUUAAUGAGUUAAACUUUGGAACAAUUUUAGUGUUCCAGAGAUAGAACAUGUGUUAAAGUAAUAAAUCUGAACAUUAAAUUAUCAAGUGUGAAUAAUUUCAA